AUGGCUUCGUACACAGCCCAGGACAAAGAGAUCGAGACCAUCCAGUCUUCUCCGCCCGUACACUCAGAGACGUCAUCGCAGUUCGACGAUACCUAUCAAACGUACAAAAAGAACCAAAGCACCGUGACAGACGCCGCAGAAGCGAAAAGAGUACUGCGCAAAAUCGACUUUCGCAUCGUGCCUAUCCUGUUCUUCAUCUAUCUUCUGCAGUAUCUUGAUAAGAAUGGGAUUAAUUAUGCGAGCGCGUAUGGAUUGACGGAGGGGACGAAGUUGCAGGGACAGGACUUCUCUUGGCUUGGCUCUAUCUUCUAUUUUGGAUAUCUUGUUGGUCAAUAUCCGUCUGGAUAUCUUCUGCAGCGCUUGCCUAUAGCUAAGUUUCUAGGGUUCACGACGCUAGGAUGGGGCAUUAUUCUCAUAACAACUCCAGCAUGUCAUAACUUUGCAGGCAUCGCUUCGAAUCGCUUCCUCUUGGGCCUUCUCGAGUCCGCCGUAAACCCAGGAUUUGUCCUCAUCAUGAGCAUGUGGUACACAGGCGCAGAGCAACCCCUGCGACUCGAAGCCUACUAUUGUACGAAUGGCAUCGCAACCAUGUUCGGAGGCUUGAUAGGCUACGCUGUCGGCCACAUCAAAUCUGGUCUUCCGCGAUGGAUGUACGUCUUCUUGAUCUUCGGCUCAUGCAGUAUAGUCAUGGGCGUCGUCACCCUCCUCUUCCUCCCAGAUUUGCCCUCCACCGCGAAGUUUCUCAGCGAACCCGAACGUGUCAUCGCCGUCGAGCGUGUCGCAGCGAACCGUCAAGGCGUAAAGAAUCGUCACUUCAAGAAGUACCAAGCAUGGCAGACGCUGUAUGAUCCCAAGACGUGGAUUCUCUUCGUCAUGGCGACGGGGGCGCAGAUACCAAAUUCGGCUCUGACGAGCUUCAGCUCGCUCAUCAUAAAAUCCUUCGGCGUCGACACGCUCGGCACGCAAUACCUCCAAAUCCCUGGCGGCGCCGUACAAUUCAUCUCCCUCAUCGCGGGCGGCUUCAUCUGCACGCGGUUUCCGAAUACGCGCUGCCAAAUCAUGACGUUCGCCAAUGUAGUCUGCAUCAUCGGCGCUUCGAUGCUCGUUGCGCUUCCAGCAGCGAAUAAAUGGGGCAGACUGGUAGGACUCUGGCUGUGUUACUUCCAGGGAUUGGGGUUUAGUAUGAGCCUGACGAUUGUAAGCUCGAAUGUGGCGGGGUAUACGAAGAAGCAGUUGACGGGCGCGGCGCUAUUUACGGGGUACUGUGUUGGGAACAUUAUUGGGCCGCAGACAUUUAAGGAUGGGGAGAAGCCGGGGUAUCACAGUGCAUAUGUAGCCAUGUUGAUCGGGUAUUCCAUCAAGCUGCUUGCAGUCUUGGUGCUGUAUGCGUAUAUGUGGAGUGUCAACAAGAAGAGGGAUAGGGAGUCGGCAACUGGAAUUCAUCUAACGGAUGAGGAAGAGAAGGCUGCGGUCGAGGCGGGCAUGCUCGACGUGACUGAGAUCGAUAACAAAGGGUUCAGGUACAUCCUAUAA